AUGAGUAUUUUAACCAUAAUUUUGCAUUGUUUACGCAAAAGCGAACGUAUUAUCGUAAAACGACGUAGUCUUUUCAAUUAUUCCGGAGAAUUUCGUUCACCCGUACCACCUUCUGUUACACCAACACCUCACACAGUUUUAAGUUCGCCAACGAACACAUCAGAAAUGACGGUUCAAAUGGAACCCGAGCGAGUAUCAACACUGAUUGAAUUACAAAAAGCCCAAAUAAUCUCAAUUUUUGAUGAUGGUAAAACUAAACCAUCGCGAAAAACGGACGACAUCAAAGAUACUGAACAAAUGGACGUACACACUUCAUCAUCGGUACCGGUACCAGAUAUUAAGAAAAAAUCCGUUAUUCAAGAAAAAUUACACAAAUCUAUUGUCAAAGCCCAACAAACUUUACCUGAUGCACACGCAUUUAACAAACGAGUGGAAAAAAAAUUACAUGGUAGACAAGUGCAAAAUUUAGUGUUGGAAGAAGAAUAA